UACUCUCUUUUGUAAAAUAUCAGGUUGGUCAUCCAUUGCGUUAAUUUGCCCCGAUUAAUUUAUGACGACGCAAAAGUUUGCGAGAGAAUAAUGGUGAUGUAAAAUCGACCUGAGAUGCUAAGCAGACUAAUACAUUUUGUGAAGCGACCUGAAACAGAGGUAAUAUGAAGAUGGCAAACAAGCUGAGUAACUGUUAUGCAAAAUUGAUGAGCAGUGACAAUUUUCCUUACCUGCUUGCUUGUUUUGAACCUCACGGAAACAUUUCCGUGAGAUCAGUGAGCAGCACAAAGCUAUUAAGAAAGCUGGAUAUAGACCCCAACCGAUCUAUUAUCAGUGAAAUGAUUUGGGUUGAAUUGGUUACUUCAAGUGGUGUUGGUCAAGACUGUCCGCUUUUCCCAUUUUUAGUUGACUUUGUCAUGGAGAUGACACUUUCAUCCGAAUUUGAAGGGUUCAUCUUCCACUAGGAUAUCCAC